UUAAUGAUAAUACAAAACCAAACGAAAAUUUAAAUAAUGAUAUUGAUCCAAGAAAUUGGUCCUCAAAAAAGAAGUUGUUAGUUUUGACCAUCAUAACUAUCUGCGGAACAUCACCAACUGUUGCAGGAAUGAUGCCCUUACCCGCGCUUGUUGUUAUACAAAAGGAUUGUAAUGCUUCUGUUUUAGCUAUAGAUACUUUUGCUGUAUUUACCUUUUUCUUAGGAAUAGGGCCAAUUUUUUGGGCUGCUUGUUCCGAUGAACUCGCAACAAGAAAAAAAGCAUUUAUCGCUUCUUUUCUGGUAUUGGUUUCAGCUUCCGUGGCGUGCACAGUCGCAACAAACAUUUGGUUGUUAACAGCAAUGCGUGCCAUUCAAUCUUUUGGUAGUUCUGCUGCAUUGCCACUUAGCGCUGGCGUUAUAAGUGACAUUUACGAUCCUCUUGAACGAGGACGUGCAUUCGGAAUAUUUUACUUUGUUUAUUGGAUUGGCUAUCUAGGAACAAUUUUGGGAGGAUUCAUAGCUCAAUAUCUUGGUUGGCGUUGGAUUUUUGGAAUUCUGGCGAUUUUUUAUGGUUUCCUCUUUAUUUUAAUAUUAUUCUUCCUUCCUGAAACUUUUAAUGUUAGUUCAUUAAAAGCCAAUACAAGUCUACGGUUUAAUCCAAUUGCUCCAUUAAAAUUAUUUAAAUAUCCAAAUAUCACUUUGAUUAUUACAUAUAUUUGUAUAUCAACUUUAUUAAUUCAUAUUCAAAAUAUUAGUAUUCCUAUAAACUUUUCUGCACGAUAUAAUUUUACAACUUCUGAAAUUGGUAUAUUCUUUAUAGCAAUUUCUUUUGGAUAUAUGUUUGGAAGUUUAUUUGGAGGAAAAUAUUCGGAUUUUUUAUCAAAAAAAGCAAUAUUAAUUUCUGGUGGUGAUUAUUGUCCGGAAGUAAGAAUAAAAAGUGCUUGGUUUGGUUCAUUAUUAAUUCCAAUAACUUGCAUAAUUUACGGAUGGCUAUUAGAUAUUAAUUUUAACAUCUAUGUAUUGGCAAUUUUAAUAUUUUCAUGUUCAUUUGGAAUGUUAUGUGCAUUCAGCACAUUGUCUACAUACCUUGUCGAUUCAUGUCCUGGACGCGGUGCUUCUGUUACGGCAUUAAGUAGUCUUAUUAGAUUUUGUGUACCUGGUGUUCUAACAAUUUUUGAAACUUCUAUUGAAGAAAGCUUGGGUGUUCGUUGGAUGUUUACUUUAAUAA